AGGAGCAUGCGCAGUGCGUCUCGGCGGGCCGAAGGGGUUGCAGCGCUCUUUUGUUUGGCGGAGGUGGAGCGAACGCGGGAGGCCCGUUGUCCAACCGUCGCUCUGUUCUGCUUUGAAACGAGACCGGCUCGCUCCGUGCGCCGCUCGCGCCGUCCUUUUCUCUCCCGCCCGUUUGUUUUUAUUUCCCCUCGUGCGUUCUUGGCGGGGCUGAAGAAGCCUCCUUAAAACUGCAAAGCUGGCGAGCACAAUGGGAAAAAAGCAGAACAAGAAGAAAGUGGAGGAGGUCCUAGAAGAAGAGGAGGAGGAGUAUGUGGUGGAGAAGGUCCUUGACCGGCGGGUGGUGAAAGGGAAAGUGGAGUACCUGCUCAAGUGGAAAGGCUUCUCAGACGAAGAUAACACGUGGGAGCCAGAGGAGAACCUCGACUGCCCUGACCUCAUUGCGGAGUUCCUGCAGUCCCAGAAAACUGCACAUGAGAGUGACAAGUCAGAGGGAAGCAAGCGCAAGGCAGAAUCUGAUUCAGAGGAUAGGGGGGAGGAAAGCAGACCAAAGAAAAAGAAAGAGGAGGCUGAGAAGCCUCGAGGCUUUGCAAGAGGGUUUGAACCAGAGCGGAUUAUUGGUGCCACAGACUCCAGUGGAGAGCUCAUGUUCCUGAUGAAAUGGAAGAACUCUGACGAAGCUGAUCUGGUCCCUGCCAAGGAAGCGAAUAUCAAGUGCCCACAGGUGGUCAUCUCGUUCUAUGAGGAAAGGCUGACAUGGCAUUCCUAUCCAUCAGAAGAUGAUGACAAGAAGGAUGAGAAGAACUAACCUGCCUCCCCUUCUGUCCCCAUCCUUCCUCUGGCCGACUUUUGUAUUAAAUCAUCAAACUGUGGGUUUGAACAUGAGUGAGAAAGUGAAGAGGCAGCUGUGGAAGAUGCUCUCUGUAGAAACCGGACAAUUUCUAUGCCCCUGACAACUAGGUGUGACAACAUGCUGUCCCCUUUCUUCCUUUCUCAUCAUAUAUACAUGAGGAAAGAGGAGAGAAUUGGUGAGUUCCCAGCUGUUCUUUGCUUUUGGGGGUGUGUGAAGCAAAAAUAACAAAAAAUAAUAGAGUUGGAACAGGCUGCCAAAAGGGAUAGCAGGCAGAGGCUGUGUGUUCUUCAGAGACCAUCUCUGUAAUUUACAGCCUU